AUGGCAAUUUCAUAUGAAAACCAACAUCGAUACAAUGAUGCUGCUUCUAUGCAACAAAAAGCUACCAGUAUUCGUCAAACACUACAAGAUGGUAAUGCCAAUCAAUUAUUCGCAAAUCAAGGAGAAAAAGUUCAAAAAAUAAAUCAAAUACAGAUCCAGGAGAUUCCUAACCAAGAUUUAUCCGACCAAGUACUACAACCUGAGAAAGGUCCAAGUUCUAGUGAUAAUGAUCGUGAUGUAAACGAAGAAGAGGUGACAACGGUAAAUAUUGAUACGGUAUCUAAUGGAUUAAUCGCUAUCCAUAAAAUACACUAA